AUGAACAAAGCCAGGCAAACGUUUACAAACUGACUCACGUUAUCCGUUCCCUAGGCUCUUAGAGGUCGCAUCAGUGCUUUCCAACUAAAACUAUUACUACUUAGCGUGCUAAAGAGCUAGCUGUCAGGCUGGUAAGCAAACGAUAAACCAAUAUGUCUGGAGAGCUGCCUCUAAACAUAAACAUCAAGGAGCCGAGAUGGGACCAGGGUACGUUCAUGGGCCGCGCCCAGCACUUCUUCAUGGUCACAGAUCCCAGGAACGUCCUGCUCUCGUCUGAGACCCUGGAAGAUGCCAGGGUCACUGUGGAGAACUACAGAGCUGGGAUCGUGAAGCCGGGCCUGACGGAGGACUCUCUCUGGAAGGCCAAGUAUGUCUACGACUCUGCCUUCCACCCUGACACCGGGGAGAAGAUGGUUGUGAUUGGCCGGAUGUCGGCUCAGGUCCCAAUGAACAUGUCCAUCACAGGAUCCAUGCUCACCUUCUACAGGACUACGCCAGCGGUGGUGUUCUGGCAGUGGGUCAACCAGUCCUUCAACGCAGUGGUCAACUACACCAACCGCAGUGGAGACGCCCCCCUGACCGUGAAUCAGCUGGGCACCGCCUACGUCUGCGCCACGACGGGAGCCGUGGUCACCGCCCUGGGCUUCAAGUCUCUGGCCGCGCGCCUGCCGCCCAUCAUGAGCCGCUUCGUUCCCUUCGUCGCCGUCGCCGCCGCCAACUGCAUCAACAUCCCUUUCAUGAGGCAGAGGGAACUGAAAUACGGCAUCCCGGUGACCGACGAGAACGAUAACCGUCUGGGGGAGUCCCCUCGCGCCGCCAAGCAGGCCAUCCUCCAGGUCAUCGUGUCCCGUAUCGGCAUGGCGGUGCCGGCCAUGGCUAUUCCCCCCGUCAUAAUGAAUGCGCUUGAGAAGAAGGCUUUCCUGAGGCGUUACCCAUUGCUCAACGCGCCGAUCCAGGUGGGGCUGGUGGGUUUCUGCUUGGUGUUUGCCACUCCACUGUGCUGCGCCCUGUUCCCCCAGAAGAGCUCCAUGAGUGUGAGCAGUCUGGAGCCGGAACUGCAAGAGAGGAUACGAGAAAUCAGCCCCCAGACCACCACUGUGUACUUCAACAAGGGCUUGUAGGACCACAAACACACUCACACAAACAAACACGCACGCAAACACAUACACAAGCGAGCGAGUACGCACGCACACAUCCAUAUUGGCUGAGCCUACUACUAUCCAACACUCUGAGGGAACAAUUCAAAAGGCAGGGGGAACUCUGUUCAAGAUGAUUGUUCCGCUUCAGUCUCCCAUGUUAUGUGCUUGUAUUGUUUGUUAUUAUAUUUUGUAUGGGUGCUCCAAAGUGCAAAGGGUCGCAGUAGAGAUGGCGGUUGAGUUUUGAAGAGUGCUGGGUUUUCACCGUUAGUGAAAACGGAUGGAUGACCAGGAAGACCUUGAGACACGUCACUUCCCUUGGCACUUGAUUCGCUCAAGGCUGACCGACACUCCUUUUUGGUUUUGUUAUGUGCUGUGCUAUCAUGUGCUAUCUCCUUUCUAGGGUUAGGUUAGUAAUGUUUAAUGGCUCCACGCCCUCUGUUUUUAGUAAAUGCUUUUUGAUUUUGUGAUUUGAGUGAACCAUAGUAAGUCCAAUUCAGAGUUGUAGUUUCUUACUGGCUUCAGUUUAUCACCUUCUAUAACUAUGCAACCCUUUGCCAUUUAUCAAUGCUUUAUUAAGCUUUCCAAUCAUAUAUUUUUGCACUGGCUUGACGCUCAUUCACCAUUUUUAUCACAAUUGGGGAAAAAGGAAAAUACACAUUUCAUGAGCACAAAAUGGACCACGCCUAGUAACCCCAGCAACUUAUGACUCCUCUGAAGUGUACUUACUCCUUCGCUAUUUUACUCCAUUAUACAGGUGCUAGGCGCAUAUUAAACUUCAAUAUUAUAGUAGCCCCAUACGUUGGAGCAAGAUGUCAGCGUUAAUGUUUAUGUACUGUAGCCACGACGAUGCCAAACUCUCCGGCACACUUCAAGGCCUUUGGUUGAUAUGAGGUUCACUGAAUUGUGCGACAAUAGGGUCGAGCUACUUGAUUGUUGUUGAUGACUGUAACCGAUUGGGCAGAAUGUACAGUGUACCAUCUGAAUGCUAAAGCUGUAGCUCACCCCAUAGAUAUCACAAGGCAACCUUUGAGUAAAACACUAUAUGCAGAUUAGAACUGAAGGCAGAAAUGCCCCUUCAACCCGAUGCACCAUGAGUUGCAUAUUUGUCCCCCAGAUGGCAGCAGAGUACACAUGUAUCAGAAAUCAGUACAAUCAGAUGCUACAAGAAUGCAUAUGUGUGUGUGUGUGUGUGUGUGUGUGUGUGUGUGUGUGUGUGUGUGUGUGUGUGUGUGUGUGUGUGUGUGUGUGUGUGUGUGUGUGUGUGUGUGUGUGUGUGUGUGUGUGUGUGUGUGUGUGUGUGUGUGUGUGUGUGUGUGCACAACAGAACAAUGAGUGAGGUGUAAUUGCUUCUGCUGUAACUCAAAUGUAUAUUGAGUUACUUUUGUUAGCGUUACCUUGCGUUGAUAAGUAAACAUGGUCAGUGGUAACAUUUAUUCUGAUACUAUAGUGAUAGAUUAGUUGAUGUAUCGUGACCCUCUAACCUCUAUGUAUGCACACCUGUCACUUGAAAUCUAUGGAUGUUUGUGUAUGUUUUUGAGUUUGAGUAGAUGGUAGGGCGUACUACCUAACCGGACUGAAGUUGCUAUCAAACAGGGUCAUCUACCUAGUUAUGUCUUGUUAAUUCUCCCAUCUGUAUGUUUUAAUUGCUCGUGACAAACAUCUUAUAAAUACAUGAAGUUCAGGACAGUGUUAAAGGAGAACAACACUCUUCCCUUUAUUCAUUUGUGUGUAUAUGUGUGUGUGUGUGUGUGUGUGUGUGUGUUAUGCUAUGGCGUUGCUGAUUUUGCUUUAUGCUUUGGGUUAAACUGCACUAUAACCUUUGCUUUGCUGCUGUAUAAGCUUUUAGGUGGCUUUUUAGAGGGGUUAUAUUGUUGACUGCUUUAUGAAAUAUGUAUUGGAAAUUGUAUUGUAUGAUUACUGUGCUUGACAAUGUUAAACGGGAUAUACGCUAACUAAUACCAGCGCUCACAAGCAAUAUGUUGAGGAACGAGUAACUUUUUAUUACUUUCCCCCUUGGUGCAAUUGAGUCCACAGUAUUUUCUGAGAUUGUACAUUUUCCUAGAUGUCCGAUGGACAUUAUGUAUAAUGAAAUAUUACGGACAAACUGGUGGCAGUCAAGUUGAAAUACUUCCAGCCGUUCAGGAGGAUACCAUGGUAACCCAUUGCACCCACUACCAAAGAUGAGACCAGUUUGAAUUGGUAAGAGUUGAGGAAUUUCAGAUGGAGACUUUGUUUUAGCGUGAGCUUAUCAUAACGGACCUUCUCUCAUGUCAAGGCAUGUCUUAUGUUCACUAGAAUGGGGUUGCCCAGUAACUAUUUUGAUACUAAAUAGUUUGUUCCGAAGUCAUAUUUGAAAAAUUACCAACCACAAUGAUAAUCCUCAGGAAAAGAUAUGGUAGGAACUAAAUCUAUUUUAAGUCUGAUGAAAGUAAUUUAGAGUUAAACAAUAUCACUGAAAGUUUCCAGUCACUGCACAAGUUAUCCAGCAUUGCACAGAAUGAUUUUUCAUGCAUAGAUAUUUGUUGUACACUCCACAAAUGUUUGUUUUCAUGGCGUAAUAUGUACAAAAACUCCUGUUAGUUACGUUCUUCAGUCAGUAUUAGUACAGUACUUGUUUCUUCCUCCAGACUUUGUACUGUGUCCGUUUCCUUCCUUGAUGUGUAUUUACCAAGAGCAACAGAAUAAAAUAUUUAACUGGAAGUUCUAACUGGGCUCAUAUCUUUGUGUGCCGUGUGUCUGUCUCAUAAGGAGUUGGUCCUACCCUAUUUUGUUGCAAAACCCAAACUAGAUCAAUUAUGAAUAGAUAAAGACCCUUAGGUCUUUAGAAACUAAAGAUUUACUAAAUCGUAUGAUUUAAACAUUAUUUUGUUAUAAUAGAAAAUACUACAAACUUUCAAGAGUUACAAUUCCGGAAAUUAUAGCGGCAUACUUUUAACAACCAGUACUGAUAAGAGUGAGAUAAGCAGGCAGGGAUUUCAGUUCAGGAAGUUAUGUGUGCUUUGCAUUUACAUACAGAAACUGCUUAGUUUACCAUUGAUAAACAACUAGGGCAUCGCGGUUCAUAAAAGGCCUUAGUCUUAGAUCGGUUGAAGUGGAUGAAUAUGCAAACUCCUUUUUUUAUUUGCGAAUU